AUGCAUCGUUCAUUUGCUGAGGAUUUUUCUCUGAUUAGUAUGGCCAGCUCGAGCAAUAGAAGCGACGAGUCCCGCCGGCACGGGACUUCAUCGCAUUCAACGUCCAUUCCAAGCUCCUCAGCCUCCUCUUCCACAUCGUAUGCCGUCGGCACGAACUGUACGACCGUGUCCAACAUUCCGACAACGUCCAACACUUCCUUUCCCUCGUCGGCACUGCAACUCCCCACAUGCUCCACCUCGCGCCAUCACGUUCUCUCCCACAUCAAUGACAUCUUCAAGUGUACGAUCUGCUUUGGCAGGCUGGACGAUCCUCACCUGUGCCCGCAGUGUUCGAAGCUGUACUGUUACGAUUGUAUCGGGGAGUGGCUCGAUUCGGGCAUUAGCAAAAGCUGUCCGAACUGCAAGAUUGUGCUCCAGCUCGAUCAGCUCGUGAAGGUGCGUUGGUUCGAUGAUAUUCAGAAGCUGCAGCAGAAGCUGCGCACGUUAAGCGCUUCCGAUACCGAGGACGCGCUGCUGAUGAAACAGGCAAUCAAUACGGAGUCUGGAACGGAUAACGAGCUCUGUGCGAUGCACGGUAAAAUAGUAAACUUCUACUGUUCCACGUGUAAGCAGUGCAUCUGUGAGGUAUGCGCUACGAAUGUCACGGAGGGACGACACCGGGACCAUACGUUCAAGGCACUGCACGUGACUUACGAGCAGCACGUGGAUGUGCUGAACAACGAGCUGGAAAAGGUAGUGCACUAUCGGGACAAGCUAGAGCUACUGAUCAGCAAGAUCGAUCGCAACGUAGCGCUGAUCGGACGGGUGAAGCACGUGAAGCAGAAGGAGCUGGAAACGAUCAUGGUGUCCGCAGUGAAGAGUCUCGAUCGGCAGGAGGACGAGAAGCUGGCGAAGCUGCGUGCCCAUCAGGACAGCCUGCUGAACGAAAUGGAAGAUAUCGACCUGAAGCUUCAAACGAUGCGUUGCGAAAUGACGCUCUGCAGCAAGCCGGAGCUCAUACAGAUGAAGUCGAACAUUCUUAGCGUUUGCAAUGCGAUCCGCAUGAAUCCGAUAAAGGAUUUCAAGCUACUUCGUGUGCCGGCCAAUUUAAAAAUUGAAAUUCCGCACCUGUUCGAGACUGGUAUCUUCGUAGUGCAUAACUUUUCCACGUUCGACGACAACAAGGUGUACUCGAAUGAAUUUUCGGACUGUUUGGGACGCACGUGGCGCAUCAUGGCGUGGUGUGUGAUCUCGGAGGAUCACUUCGGGAUCUACUUGGAGCUGGUGCAGGGAAGUCCUUGCUGGAUGGAAUGUACGUUCCAGCUGAUACAUCUCGAUCCGGAGCUGACCAUCAGCAAGACCAUUCGCCAGUACUUUGACAGAACACCGCAGAAGGGCUGGGGUUUGCGCGAUUUCGUGACGCUCACGACGAUACUGGAGAAAAACUACGUGCGCGAUAAUGAUUCGCUGGAGCUACUGUACAACAUACGGCCAUGUUCGCCCACCGACGCACAGCUCGUCCUGGAUGCUGAUGAGUCUUUGAGUGAGCAGUGA